AUGCAAACUUCAAUCUUCAUAUUUGGCCUCCUCGCCAGUUUUGUCUCCGCAAUCCCGGCUCCAAUGACCGAGACCACAUGUCAAAACGAAUUCUCCACCUGUGAAGUGAACGCUCCCUACUCCAGUCCCAAUCAAUGCUGCAUCAGCAACAUGGUCUGUGAACCAUUGGGUGGAUUCCAGUCAAACAGCACUAUGGGUACCUGUGUCAAGCAGGACGAUGUCCAGCAAAACUAA